GGACACUGUCAUUUGUACCGAAACCACGUAUCGCGGGACACGCCGUCGGGAACCACACGUUUUUACCACCAUGAACCAUCUGUUGCUGAUUGUCGCCAUCCCAGUACUCGCCACCGCAUUCGCCGCUCACAUUCAAUAUCCCCGACAGACUUCGUCACUAGUGUUCCCGGCUCAAAGCAAACGGAUCCGAACACAAGAGAAAAUCAUUACAGACUGUAUGACCGUGUGGUCCGAAGAGGGCCACCUGUACUACAAAUCGCCGACCAACGAUCCGACCGUGUGCGGCAUUUACAUAGUAGCGAAACCCGAGCAGACGGUCCAAGUUUACUUCGAUUACGUAGACGUACCCUGCAAUACCGGCGGUUUAAUAGCGUUUGUGGACGGAUGGGAACUCAACGGACAGCUGUUUCCCAACGAACAAGAUCAUCCAAAACAGAUGAACGAUCGUUUCUUCGAGAUGUGCGGAACAAAAAAACACAAACAGAUAUUGCAAUCGUCACAGAAUGCUGCUUUGAUACAAUACCGAGUUCCGCGUAGAGGCAAUGGAUUCAGCUUUUAUGUUUCGUUCAUCGAUAACCCUACCCCUUGCAACAUACUUUUGGCUGACAUUACCGAAGUGUACACUCUGAGGAAUUACGGAAAACCAGUGAACUGCAGUCUUACGAUGUUGUAUCCGGCUCAGGUGAAAAUCUUGGCGUUGGGCGUCGGCCUUGGACACGAACAGAAGAGGACACUAACGGAACGCGAGACCGGCACGAUCCACAAGUGUGACAAACGAGGGCUGCCGGAUUUCGUUCAAGUCGGUGGUGGAGACGGUUUGGCCCAGUUGUCUAUGGUCGAUUCGAUUUGCGGCACGAACUCGGAACCAGAAAACGCUGUGGAGACAAUUAUGUGUGGCGUUACCACUGUGAGACUUGUAUCGAGUGGACAAUUUCACAACGCCGUCACAGUGGCCGUGACAACACCCGACGUCGAAGCUACGCCGUCAUUAGUGUGCGAGCAGUAGAAGAAGUCGAGUAACAAAUAAACAAAAAAAAAAAAACUAACUCAGAAAUCCCUCCCCUCCGAUAAAAUAUAAAAUAAAAAUCAUAAUGAUCAGUCAUUUGUUUUCGCCUUCAUACUAUCAUGUUUUCAAUGUCCGAUAGGAAAUAUUACGAAACGCGUAAUAUAGGUAAUAAUAAUAUUAGAGAUCAAAAUUCGAAAAUUAUAUAAAGCAUUUUUUUUCUUUGUUCGUUUUGUAUAUUCGUACUUAAUAUAUGCAUACACACAUAAAAUACAUACAUCAAUACAUAUAUACAUACAGCGGCGUGGUACUAACAGUCUGAUGAUAUCUAUUCCUACAUAAUACUUAAACAUCAUAAUCUUUUAUUAGUACUUUACAUAGUGUGUAUUCUAAACGGUCAUCUUGGUCUUCCAUCACGACCGAUCAUCUUGGUAGGUGCUAUCCAAAUUCAUGUUCUUUUUUUGCCACGCCACUACUGAAAACCUACUUACAAAACCUGAUAAUAAUAAAUUGUAAUACUGUACUCACGCGAAGAUAAGCUCUCGAUAAUAGCUAAUAAUUGAUUGAUUGAUUGUUAAUAGCGCAUAAUAUAUGUUUAAUAAUUUCAUAUUAUGUUUAAUUCAAUAUUAUGUAAUAUUAUUAUUGAUAAUAUCGACUUAAUCUUGUAUAUUGUGUACUUAAAAUAAUUAUAUCGUAAUAUAUGUACACAAUGAUGCGGGACCGGGAAUUAAAUGUAAUCAUAUAUACAGUUAUCUAUUUUGGGAUAGUCAAACUGCACUCCCUAUCCAAACCAAAAUGUUCAAAUUGCACUCGAAUUCCGAAAAUGGUAAUAUUUGAACUGCACUUGACUCGACCAUUAUGUAGAAGUAGAAAAUAU